CAACGGUAAAGAUAGUAGAGGCGACAAUCGCAAUGAGUAUGUCCGAUCAGGUGAUGACCAGAGCAAUAAUACUGCCAAUCCUUCCAACAAUCAGUCUUCCAAACGCACUGUGGGUAAAACUGGUAACUCAAGUAGUGCUACUAGCAACAACAAGAGCAACAUCAAAAACACGAAAAGAAUCCAUAAUCAUUUGGGUCGUCGUUCCCUUGACCCAGAUGUGGGCUCUACCAACAACAUCGAUUUUGAUGACACAGCAGACAGCUUUGACACUAUUGUCUUCCCCGUAUCCAAGACGGCAAAUAACGAUUAUAACAGUCAGAAGGAUCCGACUGUGAUGAUGGUAUGGGCCGGUAUGGUUGCUUUCCCAGAGACACAACUUACAGAUCCAUUAUUCCAACACGACUGGCGAUCUAUCUACCGUCUACGAUACUGGAACCAGAUUGCGGAGGAUGUGAUGCUUCUGCACAAUGUGC